ACAUGUGCCUGUUCGCAUUUAUCAGCCAAAGGUUCCCUCUGCCGGUCGAAGGAGGGGCAUCGUUUAUUUCCAUGGUGGUUGGAACUCACGACAAUAUCUGCCAGUACCUUGCCAGAGAAAGUGAAUCGGUGGUUGUGUCUGUCGAGUACCGCUUGGCUCCCGAGCACACCUAUCCAGCGCCGCUGAACGACUGCCUUGCCGCUGCCAGCCACUUCCUCGAGGCUGCCGAGGAGUACGGCGUGGACAAGACGCGGAUUGUCGUGGCUGGGGACAGCGCUGGUGGCAACCUCGCCGCCUCCGUUUGCCAGGCCCUGGCCAGUAAACCGGGCCUUGUGAAAGUGCGGGCUCAGAUCCUCAUCUACCCACUGCUCCAGGGCGUAGACUUCAACUUGCCUUCCUAUCAGCAAAACCAGGCAGUGCCCUUCUCGUUCCGCGCACGGACUGUUUUCUUCUGUCUGCAGUACUUGAAUGGAGACCCUUCACCCCUGGAAGAGGUCUUGAAGGGUUCUCAUGUCCCUGUCCAUCUCAAGUUGCACUACAAGAGGUGGCUGAGUGCAGACCACAUCCCCAGAGAGUUUAAGGCCAGAGGCUAUGCCCCUUCCGCGCCCGCCACCUGCAAGGACGAUGUCUACGAGGCCGUCAAGAGCCUGAGCACACCAGAAUUCUCGCCACUUCUGGCUGAAGACGCCGUCAUCCGCCUGCUCCCCGAGACCUUCAUCCUCACCUGUGAAUACGACGGCCUGAGAGAUGACGGGUUGCUCUACAAGAAACGGCUGGAAGAUCAAGGCAUCAGAGUGGUUUGGUGCCACCUUGCGCAUGGAUUCCAUGGAAUUAUCAGCCUUUUUGAUGGAUUUCCAUCUGGGAAGAAAGGAUUGGAAGACAUUGUCACCUUCGUUAAAAGUCUGUAAGAGCUCUUGCUGAAAGCUGACCUUUUUCUUUACAGUAAGAAGUAGAAAACAUAAAAGUUUGUGUUGCCGCUGA